AUGAAGCCUGGGAGAUCGGGGAUCCAAGGAUCAGACCAUAUUCGAAUAGAGUCCCCACUGCCUAAUAUAAUGCACGCUGCCUUAGAGAUGAGCAACUCACGCCGACACUCACACUCCCUCAGUCUUCACUCCUCACCUCAGUCCCAGCAAAUCGAAGACGGAGAAGUCACGUGUGCUCUCCUCUCCGAUUUGGUCAAGCCAGUUUUCACUUUCUCAAACCUGAAUAAAAACGGCGACAGCUUCAGUACAGUUUUUAUCGAGACCGACGCCGAUCAGUUCACGCUGGUUUUCGCCAACUGUUUCGGGAACCAGCUCAAGGUUUCGAUGGAUGUGAGAUCGGCGAUGUACAAUCUCGACGGGAAGAGUCAAUGGCGUGACUAUCUCUCCGUCGGAAAAACGAUUUUGCCUAGGGUUUACUUCUUGUUAUCCUUGGGCUAUUUCUUCCUCGCCGAGCUUUGGAUCUCCGUUUUGUACAAGAAGCAAUUGACCAUGUUCCGCAUCCAUUUCUUUAUGCUCACGGUUUUGAUUUUCAAAGCUUUGAAUCUCCUUUGUGAAGCCGAAGACAAAUCGUACAUCAAGCGCACCGGUAGCGCUCACGGUUGGGACGUGUUGUUCUAUAUCUUCAGUUUCUUGAAAGGAAUUACGCUCUUCACGCUGAUCGUUUUGAUUAGAACUGGAUGGUCGUUUUUGAAGCCGUAUUUGCAAGAUAAGGAGAAGAAGGUUUUGAUGAUUGUAUUCCUUUACAGGUUGUGGCGAAUAUAG